AUGGAGAAAUUCGCAGAGCUGAAAGAGGCAGUGGAGACGGUGGAGCUAGUUGAUGCCCAUGCGCACAACAUAGUGGAUUUAGAUUCCACCUUUCCUUUCCUCAACUGCUUCACCGAGGCCACAGGAGACGCCUUAUCCUAUGCACCUCACACCAUCAACUUCAAGAGAAGCUUGAAGGAAAUUGCUGAACUGUAUGGUUCUGAAAUAUCCUUGCCUGCUGUUCAAGAAUAUCGGACCAGAUGUGGAGUGGAAUCAAUUACUGCAAAAUGCCUCAAGGCUGCUAGAAUCUCUGUCGUACUCAUUGAUGAUGGACUUGAAUUAGACAAGAAGCAUGAUAUUGAGUGGCACAAGAAUUUUGUACCUGUUGUUGGUCGAAUAUUAAGAAUUGAGCGUCUAGCUGAGAAAAUUCUUGAUGAGGGGAGCCCAGGUGGAACAGCAUGGACGUUGGACUCAUUCACAGAAGUAUUUGUGGGAAAAUUGAAUAUAGCUGCAUACCGCAGUGGACUUGAAAUUAAUACAAAUGUCUCAAGGAUGGAAGCUGAAGGGGGCCUCAAUGAUGUUCUGCGUGCUGGAUACCCUGUUCGUAUCACAAAUAAAAACUUCAUUGAUCACAUCUUCAUGCUUGCUUUGGAGGUUGCUCUGUGUUUUGACUUACCCAUGCAGAUACACACGGGUUUUGGGGACAAAGAUCUGGAUUUAAGGCUAGCCAAUCCCCUUCACCUCCGUAGUCUCCUUGAGGAUGGCAGAUUUAGUAAAUGCCGAAUUGUGCUUUUACAUGCAUCAUACCCUUUUUCUAGGGAAGCAUCAUAUUUGGCCUCUGUGUACCCUCAGGUCUAUCUGGACUUCGGAUUGGCAGUUCCUAAACUCAGCUUCCAUGGGAUGUUAUCUUCUGUCAAAGAACUCUUGGAGUUGGCUCCGAUAAAAAAGGUGAUGUUCAGUACCGAUGGAUAUGCUUUUCCUGAGAGCUUCUACCUAGGAGCAAAGAAAGCUCGCGAGAUUGUAUUUGCUGUUCUACGUGAUGCAUGCAUGGAUGGAGAUCUUUCAAUUUCAGAAUCUCUUCAAGCAGUUAAAGACAUAUUUGCUGAAAAUUCAAAUCAAUUAUACAAGAUUAAAGCUGCUGCAGCAUCUUUUGAUUUGAAAAAUGUCAGAUCUUCCUCCCCAAAAUUGGAGAUAAUUAACAGUGUUCAAGACGUUGCAUUAGUUCGCAUUCUUUGGGUAGAUGCUUCUGGACAGAAUAGAUGUCGUGUUGUUCCAAAAGAGCGCUUCCAUAAUCUGGUCAUGAAGAAUGGUGUUGGUCUAGCUUGUGCUUCUAUGGGAAUGUCUUCUGCAAUAGAUGGUCCUGCUGAUGGAACUAAUCUGACUGGAGUGGGUGAGAUCAGACUCAUUCCUGAUAUGACAACCAAAUGCAUAAUUCCAUGGGCAAAACAACAGGAAAUGGUUCUAGCUGAUAUGCACCUUAAACCUGGAGAAGCAUGGGAAUAUUGUCCAAGAGAGGCACUGAGAAGAGCUUCAAAAGUUUUGCAAGAUGAAUUUAACUUGGAAAUGAAUGCAGGCUUUGAGAAUGAGUUUAUUCUCUUAAAGAGUAUUAUAGUGGAGGGGAAAGAACAAUGGAUACCGUUUGACUCAGCACCUUACUGCUCCACAGCUGCAUUUGAUGCUGCUUUCCCCAUACUUCAUGAAGUUGUAGCUUCUCUUCAAUCCUUGAAUAUUGUAGUGGAACAGGUACAUGCAGAAGCUGGGAAUGGUCAAUUUGAAAUUGCAUUGGGAUACACGACCUGCGGCAUUGCAGCUGACAACUUAAUUUACACACGUGAAACUAUUCGAGCUGUGGCCAGAAAACAUGGAUUGUUGGCAACUUUUGUGCCGAAGUAUGCACUAGAUGAUAUUGGCUCUGGAUCACACGUGCACAUCAGUUUGUCUGAGAAUGGAAAAAAUGUAUUUAUUGCACAUGGUGAAUCAACUCAACAUGGAAUGUCCCAGAUUGGAGAGCAGUUCAUGGCUGGAGUGUUGAAUCAUCUUCCUUCAAUAUUGACAUUUACAGCACCUGUUCCAAAUAGUUAUGACCGCCUACAACCUAAUACAUGGAGUGGAGCAUACCUGUGUUGGGGAAAGGAAAAUAGAGAAGCUCCUUUGAGAACUGCAUGCUCACCAGGAGCCCCAGAUGGUGCUGUAAGCAACUUUGAGAUCAAGGCAUUUGAUGGGUGCACAAAUCCGUACCUAGCCCUCGCCUCCAUAAUUGCUGCAGGGAUAGAUGGUCUUCGCAAACACUCGAGCCUGCCCGAUCCAAUUGAUGACAAUCCUGAUAGGGUCAAAGAUAAAGUGAAAAGAUUACCCAAGUCUCUAGCUGAAUCAGUAGAAGCUCUUGAAAAAGAUGCGGUAAUGAGAGAUUUUAUUGGCGAAAAGCUUUUGACUGCCAUCAAAGGUGUCAGAAAGGCUGAGAUCAAGCACUACUCAGAAAAUAAGGAUGCUUGGAAGAAGCUUAUUCACAGAUAUUGA